AUUCCAAUGCAAACAUAAACCUUUCAAACGCCAUUAAUAUUCUUCGCUAGCAUCAUUGCAAAAAGGAAGAAAAAAAAUGACGGCAACUCUACCAAAUAUGAGCUUCUAUGCUCCCACUUCAUCUUGCAGAAUGAACAAAAUUUCCAAUGUCAAAUUGACAGCAUUGUCAAGAACAAGGAAUAGAACUUUCUACAACAAUGUAAAGGCUAUGGCAACAGGAACAGGAGAUGGAAAAUUGUCACCAAAGAUGAAGGUGUCGCAAGCUUCACCUAGAGUGUUGUUGAACCAGUUUCCAGUAGCUAGGACAGUGCAACAAAUGAUGGAAACAAUGGAUAGGAUUGUAGAAGAUCCAUUGGUGUACAAUGACGGUUCCCGAUGGAUAGUUGUGGAAAAUGAUGACCAUGUUAAGAGAAAAAAUCCUUGGCUAAUAAAAGAAGGUCAAGAUGAUUACAAGGUUAGAUUCAACAUGCCUGGUAUGAACAAGAAUGAUGUUAAGGUAUGGAUAGAAGAGAAAAUGCUGGUUGUGAAAGGUGAAAAAGUAGCUACAGAGAAGAUUAAUGGAGGUCAAGCAAAUGGCAAUGGAGAAUUAAGUGAAGAACAUGACGAUUGGCCUGCCAAUAGCUAUGGCAGGUAUAAUCAUAGGAUUUCUCUUCCGGAAAAUAUCGAGUUUGAGAAAAUUAAGGCACAGGUUAGGGAUGGUGUUCUUUACAUAACAAUCCCUAAAGCUAAAGCUAAUGCAAAAGUAAUUGGCAUAGAUGUACAAUAGGUAUAAUCAUAGGAUUUCAAUGUUUUUUGAAAAUUAUUAUUGAUGUCAAUUUCUCAAUACCGUGUAUGUUACAUGUUUUUCAUAGCUUCUGUUGAAUCAUUAAAUUGGAAAAACUCAGUUUUAACAUAA